CAACUUGACACAAGAUAGCGGUCAUAAUUCUUUAGCGAACAACUUCAAUCUUCAAUGCAAAGAACAGCGAAGCGUCCUUGGUUACAGAAAUCCUAUAAAGAUAAAUGACAGAAAAUGUAAAUUUACAAGUUUGACAGCUAUUAACAAGCCCAGAACAAAACUAUAAAUGAAUACAGUACUACAAGGAAGGCGUUAUUGUGUAAUUGAGCUACCUAUGCAAUCACCAUGGCAACGAAAACUACAACCAAAGAGAACCAGUCAUCGCGGGAGAAGAAUCAGAUUGCAUCUCUUAGAGAACCAUCUUACCCAACACAACGAAUGACGCAAUCUGUAAAGAAAACAGCUGUUGUGAAUCCAGUAACAAACGAACAAUAUCAUACCAGAAAAAUGAAGACCAAGAUGAGUCAAUGGACACCGGUUCUGCACAAGCCAUCUAAUGAACAAAUUUUUGUUGAAAGACGAGAUCUGGUAGCUCAUUGGUUUGAUCUUUGGACAGACUCACAGCGAAAAAGAUUUUUCAACUACCUUUUACAUCGAUCAAAGAAAUCACAACUCUCAUUUAUUCAACACUGGUUUCAAGAGCGUGUACCUGUCCGACACUUGGAUUUUACUACCGUUUUACCAAAGUUCUUAUCCCUUUAUAUACUGUCGUACCUGGAUCCAAGAAGUCUAUGCAGGGCUAGUGUAGUGUCUUGGCAUUGGAAGUUUCUAACUGAGCAGGAUGAUCUAUGGCGUCCAAAGUGUGUCAAGUUUGGUUGGUACUUGCCCUACUCGCCCAGCAACAAUGAGUUUGGAGCCUGGAAGCGACACUACAUCCACUGUCUACUAACACUGGAUGUUGUACAGAAUGCUGAUAAGUCAGUUUUAUAUGGUAAGCUGGGAGAUGGAACAGAACAAGAAUUAGCUGCAUCGAAGCAAAAACAUCGCAGAACACGAUCAACAGUACUUCAGACAAGCAGCAUGAGCAAUCGUCCACCAUGGCUUGAUCCCGACCCUAAGCCAUUUGAUUUGCAACAAUCCUACAAUGCCAUGGUUACGUCUGUCAAUCCCAAUGAUCCUUCCAUGCCAACACAUGCUUAUUUGCAUACGGGUCGAUGGGGUGUGUCAAGUAGCAAAGGUCAUUCUAGAUCAUGGACUGAGCCCUCUCGGAAGUUUGAAUAUGGUCUUGAGGGUGGAGAUCGAAAGGACAAACACAGGGCCUUAACGAAUGGAGAUGAGCAUGAUGUGAAACAGCAAUCACUUCGGGGGACGCUGUCCGAGAGCAUGAUGCAAGAGUCAUUAAGACCAGACAUUGCUGGUGUGUACGAGCAGUCUUGGUCAAGUCCAGUCAAACGUCCAGCAUCACGGAGAAAAGAUUUGUCUGGUGGUGGAGACUACUCAUCAAAGAUGUCAUCAUCAGGUGUUACCAUGGAAACUAAUCUGCAGAAUCAGAGUUAUCCCAGUCACCCAAAUCCAAGAGUCAUCCUUAUCUCUUCCAGUGUCCCUGCAAGAGAGGUUCUUGUGAGUGCAGUGUUGUUUGGAGUUAUUCCGGUUGUUUAUAACUACGAUGGAAUGACCUUAGAAGCUUUACUUCAGCAGGUUGAGGAAACCCUUAAAGGGCGGCAUGCAAAGAGCAUUGGUCUGUUUGUUGAUGGAGCUCCUGGACAGUUGAGACUAGUCCAUCACAUGACAUCAUCCUUGACAACUGUGGAGCAUCCUGAGGUUCGUCAGUUCUGGGAAGUUCUCUGCACUUGGACACUACCAGCUUCCCUUGGUGGCCACAUCGACAUUUUUCCACCCCUGGCUGCAAGUGAGCCUGGACUUAACCUUCUUCAGCAGCUUAUGGCCCUAACCGGAAUGACGUUUGCUUCCCCAACUGGAGUAUCUGGACCGAUAUACUCACGAGUUCUGAGUGAAUGGUCUGAAUCAUUUGGUGGUGUCUCACCUCCAACUCUUUACUUCAAUACAACUCGGCUUGCAGAGUGGAUAAGCAUGGCAGAGCAUGUUACUGAGGCAACCAUUGUGAGCAGACAAUUAGUGAAGAAUUACUUCAAUCAAGAGAGCUCAGACAUGAUUGACAGGGUGACAGGAGAUUUAGUUUACAGUGCAAUGGGAUUAGAUGAACUGCAGAGCAUCAGAAAUGUGGCACCAAUCAUUAACGAGGGACUCAAAGAAAUGGCCAAUCAAAAAGCUGACAAUCAACUGGAGUUUUUGAUCAGAUUUUUACAAGAAAGUUUACCUGAAUCAUCCAAAAUUGCAAAAGUUUCCAAGUCAAGACCAGACACCUUAAGAAGCAACUCACCUGUUGCUAAACCUGAAACAAAAGUGCUCUCAGAGACUAUGCUUGAGAAUGAUUCUGAUAUUGAAGAAGAGAUAGCAUCAGACAUUGAGGAGCUGUUAUCAAUUGGAAACACAUUGACGACCGAGAAGGUGCAACUAACUGUGAGUCAGCCUGGCCUAACAGAUGCUCACUUACAACUACAACCCAGUACAGCUUCAUCAACAAAGUCAUUUGUGAAAAUUAAUGGCACACAAAAUGGCGAAACAGAAUACCAACCGGAAAUGAGGACCCAAAUAGCGCAAGAAAUUCUACACACCGAGCAAACCUAUCGAAAUCUACUAAAAAUAGUUAAAGAUGUUUAUGUAAGACCAUUACAAGCAGCAUUGCAGACGAACCAUGCAAUCAUCAACCAGCCUAAUCUCCAAAUGAUUUUCUCAGAUAUAAUUAAUAUUCUUAAGGUUACAAGUGAUUUUCUUUCUGACCUCAAAUCCCGAUUGGAUGAAUGGGGACCUCAUCAGUGUCUUGGAGACUCCUUUGUGAAGAUGCAGUCAAAGCUUAAGACCUACACGAACUUUCACAACAACUAUCCUAUUGUGCUUGCUACAAUAGAAAAGUGUCGUGAACAGCAUCCUGCAUUUCGAUCAUUCUUAAGACGACAUGAUAAAACACCAGAGACAAAGAUGCUGAGCUUGCAAGAUCUUCUGUUAGUGCCGACACGCAGGAUUCAAGAGUACGUACGGCUCCUGUCUGCUUUAGAGCUCCAUACCUCACCAGACCAUGCUGACCGUUCUGAUAUCGCCCAAGCAAUUGAAACUUUUCAGAAACUGCAGAAAUUUGUUGAUGAGUGUAAGCGUCGUUGUGAGAGGGAGCACCGGCUGAUAUUUCUACAAAAGAGAAUUCUCAAGUGUCCAAACCUACUGGAAUCCAAUCGAUUCCUCAUUCGAGAAGACAUCGUAGCUCACUUGAAACCACCUCCAAAUGAUCUUAGACCAGACUUAAGAAUUUAUCAACACAUUGAGAACUUGGGAGUGUUCCUGUUUAAUGAUGCUCUGGUUGUUACGAUAACAACAAAUAAGCCGUAUCCAUAUGAGCGUUGUGUUGAAGUCAAGUAUAGUUUCCUGGCAUCUCUUGCACUCACCAAACUCAAAGUACUGGAUUUACCAGAUACCAAGUUUAACCAGAAUGUAUUUUCCAUGACAACUCCAAAACGGAAGUGGAUUUGUUCUGCCAGCAACUAUAGCAACAAACUGGCCAUUAUUUCAUCUCUAGAGGGGGCUAUAACAGCUGCCAUGGAGGUUGACUAAGGCCUCUAAAAUUAAAUCCAUUUUUUUACUUUCAUGUGCUAUGUUUUGUGAAUGAAAAAAACUCCUGAACAAAGUUACAAAAUUUAUGCAUUUAAUGUUCUUAAAUAGAACAAUUUGUACUAUGGUGUUAUUGAUACAUAUUUAAGUAAUUACCAUAUAUACUCGCAUGUAAGUCGAUCUGCGUAUAAGAUGACCUUGAGUUUGAGAAGAUUUUUGGAUGAUUUGUGUAUUCUGGGCGUACAAGAUGACCCCCCCCCCCUGUUUUUUAUGGUCUUUAUACACCUAACUGACUAAAAACGCGGCUAAAUGUAGGGCCAAUCUUCUAUAUAAUACAUUUUUAUGGGAUUUUAUACACCAAAAACUUAUUCCCUCGCAUUAUAUUGCCUUCAUUCAACAGUUAGUAGCUUCAUUUCAGUAGUAAAUUUGUGUGUUACCGACGAUCCGCACAUGAGGCGAACAUGAGUUAAUAAAAAAUGUGUAUGUGUUGCGCGUAUAAGGCAACCCUCCCCCGUUUUUUUAUUGUAAUUUGUAAUUUCAAGUUCUGUCUUAUACAUGAGAAUAUAUGGUACCAAAACUCCCUCCAAAUUUUAAAUAUUAAUAGCACCAAUCACCAUCUUGAUGUUAGUAAGCUUUUAUAGAACAAACAUCAUUUUUAAACUUAUUAAUUGAGUGUUUUUUCAUAAAAUAGAUAAACUGAUUAUUGAAUAUUUAAACAAUAUUGUAAGUAAUAUUUAACCAAAGUAAUUUUUGAUGAACAAAUAGUAAUGUAAAAUGUGUAAUAUAUAACCAAAAUUGUAAAUAGCUUUUUCAAAAGUCUUCUUCAGUAUUUUUGUAUGCAUAGAUAUUCUAUAGUAUUUUUUAUUAUUGAAAAAUGACAUAUGCAAGUGCUCACUAUUAUAUAUGUAUGUAAAAUAGUUCUAGAUUUGUGUAGCAAGUUGUGUGCUGACUAGGCUGAUAAGUUACAGGGUUGGACUGAAAGCCUUUUGGACUAAUAUCUUUUUUAAUUCUUUCAAUUUUAUUACCAAUACCAAGGAGUGCUUUUUAAAAAUAUAUAUGACAAUAGGAUGUUAAUUAAAACAUAUUUGUAUUCUCUUUAUCAACUUCNNCUCCCCCCCCCCCCCCCUUAGUUCUCUACAAUUGUGAAAAAAUGUAAGACAUUACAUUGAGGUAAAGAUAUCUAAUCAAAUUUAAUAAUAAUGAUACAGUUGAUUGUGUUAAUAAUGAAUAGUAUCUUAAAAUGAGAUUUAUUGAAUAGUUUAGGGUUGAACUCAGUAAGCAAUAUACUGUUCAAAUAUUUUUUUUAAGCAUCGUGUUAAAAUGUGUAAUAUAUAUUCUUUACACCCUACAUAAUAAUUGGGAUCAAUCACAAUGAUGAUAACAUGAAUUAAUUUAUUUUUUAUCAAUGUUUAUUAUGAUGUAACACAAAUGAAACCUAGUACAAAUCGCUUUGAUCAUGUUUCAAAAUGUUGGACAUUAGAUGUACAGUUAGCAGUACAGAAUAUAUUGUAUAUUCAUUUAAUAUUUAUUUAUUAGAAAUCUAAAGACAGACACUCACUGCAUCCGGCGGUUGUCGGCCCUCGCGAUUCUAUUGAGAGCGUAAGGCCACGACGGGCGCGCAACAGGUCGUUUUUAAUGACAAUUCGUUCAGACUGCCACCGAAAAUUAGCAGGCGGUGUUGCGUCGUCUAGCGCUCACAGGAAGCAGAGUUGGAUUCCUCGGCUUACGGUCGUACAACCGUCAUAACGCUGUGAGUGACCGGCUUAAAGAGCAACCAAAGAGGUGUCCAGUGGACCACCCCAAAAGCUGAGAAUUCAAAGCUAAGAUUUUGCAUACUGCCCAAAGUAAUACAUAUAAAAUAAAAGUCUUAAAAUAUAGUAGACUAGGCCUGUACAAGAUCAUAAAAACAAUCCAUAAAAUAUGAGUCAGUCAAGUUUCAUGGUAUACAAUUGUUGCUCCAUGUGCCAGUUUAUAAGUUGGUAUGACGAUUGAGUACAAAUGGCAUACCUAUUCACGUGUCUUCUACAAAAACGUAGUACCCCCAUGUGCCUCCCCUCACUAGAAAUUUGCUGAGAAAAAAAAAUUCAGUACAGCAUUUGAAAAUUACCUCUUAUCCCUUAAUUAUUUCAGCUACCUCAAAAUUCUUGCACACCUUCCCUUUAGCUUAUAUAUGUUAAUAACCCUAGGUAUGCCACUGUUAAGUAAUGAUAGGUUGUGCUUAUAGGUAGCAACAACAUUUAAUCUAUAAGGAGUGGUAUCGACUGUGAAGCAGUAACUUUACACCAAUGACCAAAGAUGUUAUUUAAGAACAAACAAUUGCAUUAAAUAAGUUAAUAAAAACUUGUGGAGACAACUGUUUAAUACUGGCCAAGGAGUAACGGUCGUCGUAGUAUCCAUAUAAAGAGAGCAGUUGACAAUUGUUUGAAAAACGGAAAAAUAGUAUUAAUACACAACAGCUUAAUCACUUAUAACCCCUAAAGACAUAUAAAUCAAUUGUUGGUUAAAACGAAUAAAAUAAAAUAAAGUAUAUUACAGUACCUAGAAUUGGACAUUCAAAUAAGCUUACAUUAUUUUAAAUACUGUGUAUUGUUUUUUAUUUUAUUUCAAUAUAGGCCUAAUAGUAUUAUUGUUUGUAUAUUAUUAUUUUUAUUAAUUGAUAUAGCUAUCUAUAUUCGCUUUGCAUCGGUUUAUAAUUAAUGGUGCUCCUUCGUGUGAAUUUAAUUUCAGUAAUUACAGUGUUAAUUUAUAAUUAUGAUCUUCUUUUUCUUUGUUUUUACUUGUGUACCCUCAUAAAUCUUGCUGUGAUGUUGUGUGGUUUAAUAUUUAAUUGCUUGUGGUUUAAUUAUAUUGAAGAGUAUUAUAAUAUGUGCAUUCCUUUUACUUUUUUCUUUUGCAGUAGCCUGGGGGAUGUGUCAAUGUUAAUAUGAUUUCAACCUCGGUGUUUAUGUUUUUCAUGAUUUAUAGUCUGUUGCGUUUAUAAUAUUUCGUUUGGAACAUUUAAUUAACUAGUAAAGUUCAUUAAGUAUUGUUAACAUGUAGUGUGCUCUUUUCCCUUGUAAUGUUAAUAUAGACUAAUGCGGCUAUACGAUUUAUUUUCGUCCUUAACAAUUUGUGGAAUUAUUUAAAAAGUAUACAAAAUUUGUUGUAAUCGCUGAAUAUGGAAUGACUAUGCGUAAUGUGUUCUUGAUAUAAUGAGAUUGUCGUAAGCCUACAAAUAAAAAUAAGCUGAUAAAUUUUCAUUUUCAUUUGCUGAGCAAGAUACUUAUAUUGGUUAGGUCUACCAGGGACUGGGCCUACUAAAUGACGAAUAAAUAAUGUUACGUAAGCCUACCUGUUACAAAUGAGAUAAAGUUUAGUAUUGGAGUAUGCAACGCCCUCUUGCGGUGAUGCAUCGGAACAAAUUGCACUACUGGAUAUUGCAUUACCUUCAUUACUUUAGGCCUUACCUAUUUAUGUUUUUCUCUGCAAGAUACACUAUAUACUUUUUUUCUGUGUAUGCGUUGAUUUUUUUUUCUUUCAAUGGUAGGCCUACUACCAUUGUCUCAUCCAUGAUUUGUCUCGCUUUUUGAAAUAAAAUGGAUUCAUAACUUUGUAAA